AUUUUCUGAAUAUUCAUGUUUCUGUUUUUUUAUUUUUUAUUCACAGAUGAUUGGCAGUUUGAGAGGGGAUCUAAUUCGUACUUUCUGGGUGACCCCAUUCUUUUGGAAGUUUCUGCCAUCAUCAGUAACCACAUGUCACUGCGAGUCUAUGUUGACCAUUGUGUUGCCACUGCAACUCAAGAUGCAGAGGCUACAUUAAGAUAUGACUUUAUUGAAAAUUUUGGAUGUCUUACUGAUGCAUACCUGACAAACUCCAACUCCCGUUUCCUACCAAGAACUGAAGAACAUAAGCUGAGGUUUCAGCUUGAGGCCUUCAGGUUCUACCAGGAACCCAGCAAUCAGGUCUACAUAACCUGCUACGUGAAGGCUGUUCCAGUCGUUUUAGCUGUCAACUCUCAAUACAGGGCCUGCUCUUUAAUUGAGAGCAGGUAUUAUGCCAAUGAUUAAUCUAAUGUCAGUGUA